CGCAAAUGGUUUCAGAUUAUUUCCUAUGCAGAUGGAACAGGCCGAAGUUGGCAUGUAAGCAUACACAGGCCUAGUGGCAUGUGUGUACCGGGGACUGGCCCGGGUUUUGACAUAAACUAGAUUUCCAUAGGGGUAUAAAAUACUUGUUUCAACUAGGGUACAAAUUACUGCAAAAUGGGUACACAUGCAGAUUAUAGGACCCCGGUCGUAAAGAUUGCACGACCCCUUUGCGAUAUGUUCCCCAAUUGGGUAUUGUUAUUGUUGACUCCUAUGCACCAGCAACCGUAUGCAUGUAACCGGGAUUCGCCGCGCUCCUACCCACUAUCUUCAUAUCUAGCCACCGUGAAGAUUAACAAUGUUUCAGGUUAACGUAUAUGCACCCAACUAGUCCUCGUGGUGGGAAUGGGCUCGGUUUUGGCUUUCGUAAAUCAACCCUCCAGUCAUGAAAGCUGCCGCAU